UAAAAUUUCUCUUCGGCUUUUCCGGUUUUUCCAAUCCCAGUCUCCUCCGUCUGCACGCGCUCUCUAGUGCCCCCCCCCCCUCUCUCCUCGAUUAAACCCUAGAAAAUAGCCAGGAUUCGACGCCCUCGCGAAAUCCUAGAUCAUGAAGGGCCCGAAGCCGUUGAAGCAGCUCAAGGUCGCCGUGCCGGCUCAAGAAACCGCUGUCGACAAGUUCUUGACAGCGAGCGGGACUUUCACGGACGGUGACUUGCGGCUCAAUCAGAAAGGGUUGCGGUUGAUCUCUGAACAACCCGAGAGUCGCAUGCGGCAACCAGAUGUUAAGGAGGAGGAUAUGCAGUUCUUGUUGGAAGACCUUGAGGCCGUUAAAGUUAUUGGGAAGGGGAGUGGAGGUGUUGUUCAGCUUGUGCGGCACAAAUGGUUGGGAACACUGUAUGCCCUAAAGGGCAUUCAGAUGAAUAUUCAAGAGCCAGUUCGUAAACUAAUAGUUCAAGAGCUUAAAAUAAAUAAAGCAUCACAGUGUCCGCAUGUUGUUGUUUGUUACCAUUCUUUCUACCAUAAUGGCGUAAUUUCUCUUGUCUUGGAAUACAUGGAUCGAGGAUCUCUGGCUGAUGUAAUUAAACAAGUGAAAACAAUCCUUGAGCCAUAUCUUGCAGUUGUUUGCAGACAGGUUUUGAAGGGUUUAGUAUAUCUGCACCAUGAAAGACAUGUGAUUCACAGGGACAUAAAGCCAUCAAACUUGUUAGUAAAUCACAAAGGUGAGGUAAAGAUAACGGAUUUUGGAGUGAGCGCGGUGCUUGCUAACUCCAUGGGUCAGCGAGAUACAUUUGUAGGCACCUACAAUUAUAUGUCGCCUGAGCGGAUCAGUGGAAGCUCAUAUGAUUAUAAGAGUGAUAUAUGGAGUUUGGGCUUGGUAAUACUCGAGUGUGCUAUAGGCCGCUUUCCUUAUAUACCAUCUGAACAAGAGGAAGGUUGGCCAAGCUUUUAUGAGCUUUUGGAGGCUAUUGUAGAUCAGCCACCACCUUCUGCCCCAUCGGAUCAAUUUUCUCCAGAGUUUUGUUCGUUUAUAUCAGCUUGCAUACAAAAGGAUCCUCAUGAAAGAAUGUCGUCUUUGGAGCUCCUGAGUCAUCCAUUCAUCAAAAAGUUUGAGGACAAAGACAUCGAUCUAGCAAUCCUUGUUGGCAGCUUAGAUUCUCCUGUAAAUUUACCUGGUGAUGUGUAAUUAUGUGAUGGUCUCUACAUACGCAUUAAAGGUAAAAUAAAAACCGGGAGCUAAAGAUGCUGCAAGUUCACUUUGCCCUCCUUCAGUCUCUGGUUUGUUGCUGCUCCAGUCAAAAUCAUGCAUAUACUUAGUUUUCCUCCAGCAAAGAGCUAUUAAAAUCCAUACUGCAAUUUAUGCGGAUCGAACCAUGGUCGAGACCGGCAAUUUAUAUUCCAAUCAAACGCAAAACAUCCGAGCGGUGGUGUAUUAAUUUAUCAGACUGGAACUUCUGAGUGCGGCAUAAGAAAUUUCUCAUGUUUCUUGUUGCGCUGAACUUGUUUUCUAAUCUAUUAUCUAAAAUCCCACCAUUUGGUUGUAUCAGGAUUA